AUGGAGCGCUCGCAGAGCCGCCUCAGCCUCUCGGCCUCCUUCGAGGCCCUGGCCAUCUACUUCCCCUGCAUGAACAGCUUCGACGAGGAGGACGCGGAUGGGGAUGGUCGGAGACUCAAAGGAGCCAUCCAGAGGAGCACGGAAACAGGAUUGGCCGUCGAGAUGCCCAGCAGGACCGUGCGCCAGGCCAGCCACGAGUCCAUCGAGGACAGUAUGAACAGCUACGGAUCAGAGGGAAACUUGAAUUUCAGCGGAGUCCAUCUGGCAUCUGCUGGGCAGUUUAGCGACUUCCUGGGCAGCAUGGGCCCUGCGCAGUUCGUCGGGCGUCAGACCUUGGCCACCACCUCCAUGGGGGAUGUGGAAAUUGGCUUGCAAGAGCGAAAUGGGCAGCUAGAAGUGGAUAUCAUUCAGGCCCGAGGGCUGACGCCGAAACCCGGCUCCAAAACCCUGCCAGCUGCUUACAUCAAAGCUUACCUGCUAGAGAAUGGCGUGUGCAUUGCGAAAAAGAAGACAAAAGUGGCUCGCAAAUCAUUAGACCCUUUGUACAAUCAGGUGUUACUCUUUCCUGAGAGCCCCCAGGGCAAAGUAUUACAGGUGAUAGUGUGGGGAAACUACGGACGCAUGGAGCGCAAGCACUUCAUGGGAGUCGCCAGGGUGCUCCUGGAAGAACUGGAUUUGUCAACUUUAGCAAUUGGCUGGUACAAGCUCUUCCCGACCUCCUCCAUGGUGGAUCCCACUACAGGCCCGCUCCUGCGUCAGUCCUCACAGCUUUCCUUGGAGAGCACAGUGGGACCCUGCUGUGACAGGUCUUAGUGAGUAAGGAAGGGGGAACUGCUUUUGUUUUUUAAACAUGCUGUCAAGGUUUUGUUUGCUGGAACUCUGACCUCAAGCGCGAUGCAUGUUCAAUCAGUUCUUGUGGAGCUGGAAGAGGAGGAUAAACCAGUGACCUUAGACAGAAGACAAGGGGGAGGGCGCAGUGCCCUCUCCAUCCAAGGAGGAGGUGCCAUGGGGCAUGAGUCCUAGUUGUCAAAKUAGACAUACACCUCUUGUUUCACUUCUCUCACUGUCAUUCUUGGACCCUUGUUUCAGAUCAGUAUUAAUUCUGGAAAGUUGCAGUGUUUUAGGAGAAGUAAGAAAGGUAUUUGUUUCUUAACUUUGUAUUUUACAAGUUUCUAAUACAGGCUCCAUCURGUAGCACCUGAAAAAUUCAGAAGCCAAUAUCUGACCUAAAAAAGAACAGGAGCAGAAAGUGUAAGAGAAACCCUGAUGGUUUGGGGAGAUCUUUUUUUUUCUUGAAAGAAAGAAAAGUAGGAAAACUGCAACUCUUUCUCUAGUAUAAACCCACACCACUGAAUCAUGUUACCUGUAAAACUGUUGUUGCUGUGUUUUCAAACUGUGCCAAACUACCAGCAAGUGUCUUUACUGCAUUACCUGUCUAACACUGCUGAUGAAGCAUACUUGGUGGGAGAGUAAGUAGAGCCUACUUAGACCAGGCAGUUUGAGCAGAAGUUGAGUUUAGCAGGCGAAUUAGCUGCAGUUUUGCUCAGAACACGUACUAGGAGUUGAACAUCACACUUGCAGCUUGAGAUUUAUGUUGUUGGAUGCAACGUGCUGGGAUUUGCUGGCUCCCUUUCUUGUCGCCGUGCGUCCUUCAGUCGCAAUGUCUCCUACCUCCUGCUUUCCAUCCAUCUCCUCUGUACCAGUACAUAUCUUCUGGAGAUGCUGCCCUUCUGUUGUGCUAUGGACUGGAACGGGACUGUCCUACUCUACCACAGGAAAGGAGACUGAGUUUUCUGAGGGUGCAGGGGAGAGAAACCUGUUUAUCAUCUGACAAGAGGGUACUGCAGAGCAAAUAACCUUCCUUGCAGAAAGCAAAAGAGGUUGCUUUAGUGCUCAGUAGUCCAAGCAUUGGCAAGUGUCCUGAAAGGAGAAGCCAUCCCCAAAGUAUGGAGUGGUAGUGGUUGGGGCAUCAGAAGACACGAUGGUCACAGCAUGUGUAUUUUAUUUAAGCGCAGCACUAGCUAUAAAGAAGUCGUGUCUGUUAACCCAGUGAAGCACGUUCUCUGCGACGCCGAGCUGUGRCGGCUGCUGUCACGUGCUGAAUCCUUCCAAUUGCUAAAACCUUUUGGCUGAAAACACUUAUUAUCCAAAAUAACGGCGAAUCUUCCAAGAUUCCUUGUCAGCAGACCUUCUCUGCUAGAUUUUAUUGUAAUUUUUCAUGAGGAUUUCAUGACUAUUAUCCCAAAAUAAGCUUUUGGGAGUGUUUUACUUAGUGAUUUAAAAGUCAGGGUCCCAUGUCACGUUUAGCAGUUAGAUUCUUGACCCAUCACUGCGUGGGCCUCAGCUUUGGUAGAAUAAAAGCAUGAAUGUUGAGUGGAUGGUCAAAGUUGCUUUUGGUUCUAGCUUGUCUAUGGCAUUUUAAAUUAUUUUGAGGUAAAUUACAAGAUAGAUGCAAAUAUAAUAGGCCUUAUAAUAGUCUCUGUAAAAAAAAAUGGUAUAUUAUAAAUGGAGAAGGGACAUAGAAUGAAAAUUUUUAGAGUCUUAAAUGGCAAAAGCUUCAACAUUUCUGUUAAAUCUYUUAAUUUCCUUGAUCAAAUAUGUCUCUGGCCUCUCACUAAUUAUUUUUUCUAAUAGUAUUAAGGCAGUUUCUAUAUAUUAACUGAAGAAAAGUUUGUUGCAUGCCGAUCAAACUAUGUUGUGGCUCUCUUUUCUUUAAAGAAAAGCACAUUUACUGUAAUUCAAGUCAGCAUCUUUUCCUCUUGGUAUGUAGUGAGUACUAGGCAAUAUUGUACAAUAUAUGUAUGAACUAGAAUAGAUUAGGUAGAUUUAGUGGUUUGUAGCACUGGAUCUUUUACUAACUAUGUCUUUAAAAGGACUGUGGGGAACUACAGAUACAUUCCAAACCUACUAACUGAGUAACAGGGGUUCUGUCUGUUAAAAACUUUAUAUUGGUAUUUUGUUUGGACAUUAUCUACCUGUAAUAUCUAGUCAAUCAUGUUUUUCCUGUGUCCUGUAAUACAAAUGCAACAUUUUUAUAGUCUUUAAUGG